UGUGUGUGUUCUAUUACCAAUUGGAUCAGUUUCCUUCUCCCUCUCUAAACAUCAACACAAACUUUUCUUUCUUUAUCUCAUCUCAACCACUUUGACAUAUUCCCUAUUUAUCCUCAAACAAACAACAAAAGCAAACACAACAUGACUCGGUCCUCUAGAUUCCUCGGAUCCGCGGCGGCGCCACCACCGCCGGAAGAAAUCCUCGCCGCGGAAACCGACAUGGUCGUGAUCCUCUCAGCUCUUCUCUGCGCUCUCAUAUGCGUCGCCGGCUUAGCCGCCGUAGCUCGCUGCGCCUGGCUCCGCCGCCUCACCGGCGUUAACUCCUCCGCCGUUGGAGAAUCUCCGCCGCCGAACAAAGGCCUCAAGAAAAAAGCGCUCCAGUCCCUCCCUAAAACCACCUUCACCGCCGCCUCAGAUUCUCCGAGCUCCUCCGGCGGAGAUGGAGAUUCAUCCACCGAGUGCGCCAUAUGCUUGACGGAGUUUACCGACGGAGAAGAGAUCAGGAUACUACCGCUUUGCAACCACGCCUUCCACGUGGCGUGCAUAGACAAAUGGUUGACUUCUCGGUCGUCGUGUCCUUCUUGUCGUCGGAUUUUGGCUCCGGUGAAGUGUGAUCGGUGUGGACACCGUGCUUCCACGGCGGAGAGUCAGGUUAAAGAUCAGGCUCCUCCUCAUCAGCAUCCUUCACAGUUCACUUCCUCCCAUGUUCCUGCUUUUCUUCCUUAAAACUUUUUUGUUUACGUUAGUUUUUAUAAUUUCGCGGAAAUUAUUAAGGAAAAGUUAAAAUAUUAGUUAACUAGGAAUUAGUGAUCUUUUAGCUACUUUAAUUAUCUUUUAUCAUCUCUGUAAGACUGUAACACUGUCAUGAAUCUGAAUCAGUCAGAGGAGUUUCUAAGUUUGAUGUUCGUUUCUU